AUGGCCAGCACCACCGUCAUCAACGCCAACGCGACGACAAAGCCGCAAAUGGCCACCGCAGCGCCAAUUGAGCCUCUAAGAAAUGGGACAGCACAAUUGUACACACACAUUCACCCUGCCCUCAUCCUCGCAAUCUAUGCCUACAAGUUCCCGGCGCUUGUGGCAGACCCCGUCCCUACUCUGCUCACCACUCUCGUGCCACUUGCUGUGCUCCAAAUCGCAUACGUAGCAGUAUGCCUACCGCCAACGGGUGGAACGCCUACCAUCAGGAGACAAAAGCCUGGCGAGAAGAAGGGCAAGGUACCGACUAAGCUGGAGCAGGGUGUGAACAGCAAGAUCGUGCCAGCAUUUUUGUCUCUUCUCCUCGCUGCUUUCGCUGCUACGCCGCUCUUCACCUCGCUCCUCGUUCUCUUUGGCGCGCCCGUGACCACGCACCACUACCACACGCUUCUCUGCGGCGCACACAUUGCGCUGCUGAGCACCCUCCCGCUUGUAUACGUACACGGCGUUGACGGCGAGAAAUGGCGACAAAUUGUUGCCCUUUACAUACCAAUUGAUGAAGUCUAUGGCGGUUUGAUUGGAACGAUACUUGGUGCCUGGUUGGGCGCCGUGCCAAUUCCUCUAGACUGGGACCGCGAAUGGCAAAAGUGGCCCGUCACAAUCAUCACCGGAGCCUAUGUUGGCUAUGCGAUUGGUAAAUUGCUGGGAGGCACCCUCUUGAAAGGCAAGAAAAUCAGUUUCGAUUGA